AUGGGUGCAGAUGGAGGUACAACAGCUAAACGACUGGAUAUACUACAAUUACAUAACCUAACUCAAAAGAAAGAACUACAAGAAGGAGAAAAUAAAGAACAAAUUCUACUACAAAGUUGUGCAAUAUCAGGAUUACCAUUGUAUAAUAAUUCACCAAUUGUUGGAGAUUUUAAAGGUAAAUUAUAUAUAAAAGAAAAGAUACUACAGUACCUCUUGGAGGUUAAAUUAGAUAAAUCAAAAUUGAAAGUACAAUUUCAACAUUUAAAAACUUUAAAAGAUUUAAAGACUGUUACAAUAACAUGGAAAAUUAUAAAAAAUAUUCCACAUUUUCAAUGUCCUAUAACAAAAGAAUUAGAUGAUAAAACACAUUAUUCAUAUUUAAGAACUUGUGGUUGUGUAAUGUCUUAUAAAUUAUUAAAAGAAUUAAAGAAAUCACUUAGUGAUGGAUCCACAAAAACAUCUCAAUGUCCAAUAUGUAAUAAAACUUUCACAUUUGAUUAUGAUUUAGUUAUAAUAAAUCCAAUAAAUCAAAAAGAAUUUGAUGAUAUAAAUGAAUCCAAUUAUAAAUAUUUGAAAAAUGUAUUACAAUUAAGUAAUAAUUUAGAACCCAUAAAAAGGAAAAAGAAAAAAUCAAGUAGUAUUAUUGAUAUUGUUGAUCCAACUCCUACUCCUGAAUUUAUUAAAAAACGAAAACAAGAUCUAGAUGAUGAAAUCGAUUCAAGUAAACGUAUAAAAACAUGA